AGUCCAUGAGAUAAUAGAUAAAAAAACAUGUACUAUGCGCAAACAUUGAUCGUCGUCACUUUAUCUGAUAUCUGUGUUUUCUUCUAGGUCAUCCAAUUUGUAAUAUUACGCAUCUUAAAUAAAAACAUCAAGGUGUGUUGUUUCGUUUUAAAAAUAUUUGUUCGUAGAUGUCUUGCCGGAAUCUAUACCCUUACGGAGAAUCUAUAUAGAAUUUGAAGUUUAAUUUCUACGGUCUAUUUAAAGGUCGUUGAUGGCUGAGAAAGCUAGGCAAGAGACAGCUAGAUAUGAAGAGGAUAAUGUUUUGGAAGAAGAAAAGAAUUGUAAACUGACGUAUUUCUUUCGCGAUAUACUGAAAAAACGCAUAGACUUCCAAAUAUCUAGUGAUGAAGUUACAGAUAUAAUAUUUGCUGUUGAAUAUUUAGUAGGGAUCAUAGUGGCGGCAGUCAGUUCAAACGUAAUAUGGCUUCCAUUCUCGCGUCUGGUCAAAGUAGGAAGUAUGGCAGAAGGAACAAAAGUUGGAAGUCCCGAUGAGUUCGACUAUCUUGUUGUUCUUGACCAAAAAGGAGUAGAAGUAAAUAGGAGCUGUGAGCAGAAUAGGGGAUAUGCGCAUAUAAAAGUAACAGAUCCCCAGUUGCAAAGGAUAUGGAAAAAAUGGCUUUAUGGUGACUAUUUACAGGGGGCUUUUACUCAUGGAUUUUCGGGCAUUUUCCCAGGGUAUUUUGAUACGUUAGGAAAUGCCUUUAUGUACGAGGUUGGGGAAAUAAUCAAAUACUUAAAGGACGAUCUGUUUUGUUCUAGACAGACAGGUCGGAUGCUUGUCAACAAAAACAUACAAAAGCAUGGACCCGCUUUUACUCCACAGUUUCUAUGGGAACCCCACAGCCGCAGAGGAAAGAAAAUAACAAUUAAUGUUGACAUUACUCCAGCAUUCGAAGUGGAUCUUUCCGAAGACAUAAUUAAGAAAGAUGAUACUUUCCAUGCCGACUUCUGGAAGAAAAUUGAAGCACAUGGCAAGUUCAUGCUAAUUCCAUGUCACGAGCCCGUUUCAUGUACGUCGUGUGUCUUGUGUUUCCGUCUUACUUUUACCGAAACCGAAGUGGAACUCGUUCGCGGUUUAAGUAAGCACCAUCGGGAGUGCUACAAGCUAUUGAAAUACAUUUUCAGUAGUGGAGGAGGGUACAGUUUCAUGUCUUCAUACGCAUGGAAAACACUUGUUCUAAAACAUGCGUGUUACUGUAAAGAAACUGCAAAUUUAGCAAUGUGUUUCAAAAAACUAGUGGCAACCUGUCUUCAUUACCUUUUCACCAGAAAAACCGAAGAGAAAAUUGAAUUCAGCCGUUUGGUUCGCUUUCUUAUGCGAGGUGACAAAUUCGAGUUACAUAUCCCCAGUAUUUUCAUCAAAGACCAUAACAUAAUGGACAGCAAAGAUUUUAAGUUCCCUUGUGAACACUUUCUAAUCGAAAUCGAAGCAAUGCUCCAGUCGGUUGAGGACAUUAGCUGUACUGAAAAUCCAAAUACAGCCGAUAUCAAAAUCGUAAAUGGUUACAUGACGGGGUUUGCGUCCUACAUUAAGUCUUCUCCACUGGUCAACAAACAUCUUGAACUAGAAAACUGUGUCAAAUGCUUUGAGAGAUAUUUCCAGAAAAAAAUACUGUGAUAGAUAAAAGAAGAGAAUUCCACGUGGUUAUUUGCAAAGGCAGACCUAUAUGUAAAAAAUGAUUUUAAACGCCUUAGACGAUACAAAAUACAAAAUGAAUCUAUGUGUUCAUUUGAAAAAAUAACGCUUAAAUUUUAUUUUCUUAUGCCCAUGUAGGAAAACAUUUUUUCAUUUUACUACAUUUUACGACGUUGUUUUACUAGGAAAGUUUAACCACACAGUCUCUCAAAAUCAAUUGGUAACAUGUUACUAUCAUUAAUUAUGAGGUCAUCUUGAUUUCAAAAUGGCGACGUUAUUUUCCAUUAUCUUAUAAUUUAAAUUUCUCUAAAAUGUGAUGUUUGAACUUUGUAUAAUACAAAAAUGUUAAUGUGUUAAACAAGUUCAAAUGGACCAUAAAACUCUAUCUUGUGACUUUUAGAUGGAUUUAUUUGUGCUGUGCUCAAGGGAGAAAAAUCUCUUGUAAUAAGUUGCUAUAAGUUGCUACUUCUGCAAAACACUUACAUUACAUGGAAAAAUGUCAAAAUAAACCAUGUUGUCUGUCUUAUAAUGUACUUUUUGCCAUUUAAAAGCAUAUGUAUAAAAUGGCAAAAACAAAACAAGGGAGGUAAAAAAAAACAAAAAUAUGCUUUUGUUUCUUGGUUUCAUAUGUUAUUAAAAUAAUUAAAAAGCA